AUGUCUGAGCAGUUGGAUGAGGAAACUCGGAGGAUCAUUAAGUUGUUCCGUCCGGCUAAAGAUGCGGAGACUUCGUGGAAGAUAGAUGUGUCCGCGGAGCUGGCAUGGUACCUGAGUAUGUUGCAGGGUCCCGCGGACGAGGAGAUGGAUGUGGAGGAGCGGCGUGGUGAUUUGACGACGGUGAUGGGCUACCAGGGCAUCAACUUCAACCACGCGAGCGCAGUGGUGAUGGAGGCGACGCGCGUGUUCUCCAGGAAAGUAGACUUUCUGAAGAAGCAGAUGGACAGUACCCUGCAGAACCUGAUUACGGGUCACUCGGUUCAGAGCAAGGGUAAAAGGAAGCAGGUACCGCGGACCACGACGUUGCUGACGGAGUGGGAACUACCCGGCCUACCGGAUGGACCUGAAUUCCUGCACCUGCCACUGGCCAAACUCAGCGCAGGACACCCCGCUAAACACUGCAUCGAGGCGGAGGUGUCUCUGCACUUCUGGACACAUUCUCUGUCGGGCCACGCUUCUCCGGAUGAUUCCCCGAAAGAAGUCACUUCUCAUUCGACCGGAUCACAAGCGUCCCCUGGAUCACAAGCGUCCCCUGGAUCACAAGCUCCCCAGGAACGCGAUCAAAAUACCACAAGCACACUCAGUCAACAGAACGGCCGCACUUCCGGUCGUGACAAGUCGUCCCGGACUCAACGGUUCGAUCACUGGCUCCAGAAUACUUCUUUCCCCCAGUGCCCUAAUGUUCGAGAACUUGCCACCAUCAAAAAACACACAAUCAAUCGACCCUCCGUCUACCUCCUGUCAAGACUACCCAUCCACCCCUCACUGGUGGAUAAGUCGUCGACCUUUUCCAUACUGCAAGCUCAACGAUUGAAUAACGUAACUACACGCAACGAAGUCACAUGA